UCUACCUUGUCCAUCGAACGUCAAAGGCGUGUGUUGUGUCAGACUGUCAAAAAUUAGACGAGUUGUCAAGUUGCCUACGCCGGACAAGUUUUUUAUUUGGCUUGGAAAAAAGUGGAAACCGCAAGCUGGAGUGAGAUGGCACAAUGGAAAGAUCAGCUAAAGUUCGACAUCGAGUGGGGUCACGAGCGGCUGGUGAGGGCCCAGCAAACCGUGGAAGUUCGGCCAUUCGAUGUGGAAUCCUGGUCGGUGAUGAUCCGGGAGGGCCAAAGCCGGCACAUCAAUGAGGUGCGUACGCUUUACGAAUCGCUGGUCAGUGUUUUCCCAACCACGGCCCGCUACUGGAAGAUUUACAUCGAGCAGGAAAUGAAGUAUAGGAACUACGAGAGGGUGGAAAAGUUGUUCCAGCGGUGUUUGGUGAAGAUUUUGAACAUCGAUUUGUGGAAGCUUUACUUGACCUAUGUGAAAGAAACCAAGGCCGGGUUGAGUACGCACAAGGAGAAACUGGCCCAGGCGUACGAUUUUGCGUUGGAAAAGAUUGGCAUGGAUUUACAUUCGUACUCGAUUUGGCAAGAUUACAUUUCGUUCUUGAAGAGUGUUGAGGCAAUUGGAAGCUAUGCAGAGAAUCAGAAAAUUACGGCAGUGCGGAAGGUUUAUCAGAAAGCGGUGAUAACGCCCAUUAUCGGAAUAGAGCACUUGUGGAAGGAAUACAUUGCGUUCGAGCAGAAUAUCAAUCCAAUCAUUUCGGAAAAGAUGAGCUUGGAGAGGUCACGGGAUUACAUGAAUGCCAGACGUGUUGCGAAAGAGCUGGAGAUAGUUACGAAGGGGUUGAAUCGUAAUUUGCCGGCAGUGCCCCCAACGGGGACAAAAGAAGAGAUAAAACAGGUGGAACUGUGGAAAAAGUAUAUCAAUUUCGAAAAAUCUAAUCCCCUGAGAAGCGAAGACACAGCAUUAGUUACGCGAAGAGUGAUGUUCGCAACGGAGCAGUGCUUGCUGGUGUUAACCCACCAUCCGGCCGUAUGGCACCAAGCUGCCCAAUAUCUGGAUCAGAGCUCGAAACAGCUCAUCGACAAGGGCGACUUGAAUGCCGCUAAAGUAUUUGCGGAUGAAGCCGCCAAUAUUUUGGAAAGGGCCAUUAAUAGUGUACUGAGUCGUAAUGCCCUCCUUUAUUUCGCAUAUGCCGAUUUCGAAGAAGGCAGAUUAAAGUACGAAAAAGUCCAUCAAAUGUAUAACAAAUUCCUGUCCAUUUCGGACAUCGAUCCAACGCUAGCUUACAUUCAGUACAUGAAGUUUGCUAGGCGUGCCGAAGGAAUCAUUUCAGCUAGAGCCAUCUUCAAGAAAGCUCGUGAAGAUGUACGAUCCACUUAUCAUGUCUUCGUUGCUGCAGCGCUGAUGGAGUAUUACUGCACCAAGGAUAAGGACAUUGCAUUCCGCAUUUUCGAGUUGGGACUCAAAAGAUUCGGUGGAAGUCCUGAAUACGUUAUGUGCUACAUUGAUUAUCUAUCGCAUUUGAAUGAGGAUAACAACACGAGAGUGUUAUUCGAACGUGUGCUCUCCUCCGGCGGACUAACACCUCAGCUUUCGGUGGAAGUUUGGAAUCGAUUUUUGGAAUUUGAGUCCAACAUUGGAGACCUGUCCAGUAUCGUGAAAGUUGAACGCCGAAGAAGUGCUGUUUUGGAAAAGCUUAAAGAGUUCGAAGGCAAAGAAACAGCUCAACUGGUAGACCGCUACAAGUUCCUCAAUCUCUAUCCAUGUUCAUCAGCAGAGCUUAAAUCCAUCGGUUACACCGAAACCGAUGGAAUACUGAACCCAAUCUCCACAAAACAUUCAACUCCAGUUGAAGCUCCAGAGCAGCCGCAUAAAAUUCCACGUCCGGACUUUGCACAAAUGAUUCCAUACAAGCCGAAGCCAAAUGCCUAUCCAGGGGAACAUCCCUUGGACGGUGGGGCUUUCCCUCAACCUCCAGCACUGGCAGCCCUCUGCUCAAUGCUUCCACCGCCAAUUUGCUUCCAUGGUCCGUUUGUAUCCGUAGAUAAACUGCAGGACCUAUUCAGUCGUAUCGUUCUUCCGGAUGUUGCGCCAACUCCGAUCGCAGGAGAAAAUGGCAAUAGCAUUAAGCUGUUUGACCUGGCAAAGGCCGUUCACUGGAUUGUGGACGACAGCACCUAUUCCGGCGAAGGCGGAUUGAAAAGACGACGAAUGGCACCCGGUGGAGACGAUAGUGACGAAGAAACUGCCAUUCCUGCGCCACCCGUCAAUGAUGUGUAUCGCUUGAGGCAGCAGAAGAGAUUCAACCGAUAAGUCGGUUGAGUUCGAGCGAGAAAUCGUAUUAAUCGACAUUGUAUGAUUAGUCAUAAGUAUAUUUUUGCAACCAAUAAGUAUAUGUAUAUGGAACAGAAUGAUGAACGAAUAAAUUGACUACAACGGUA